CAACCAUCUUGUCAUGUUUAUUGUAUUUCCUGUUGUGUGGAUUAUCUGCUCAUGUCCUGCCCAUUUUUAUUUUAAGCUGUCAUUAUCUUAUUAUUUGCAGGAUUUCUUUACUCUAAUUUUCUUCUUUGCUUUAUGUCCAAGGGCAGCAUCUCUUCUUUUUCAGAAAUUGCCUUAACUCUUGCACAUUUUUCUUUGACAUACAUUUAAAAAUUUUAGAAUCAGCUUGCCAAAUUUAAUGAAUAAUCCUGUUGAAUUUGGUAUUGUUUUAAUUAUUACAUGUUAAUUUGGGGAGAGAUACCAUGUAUUUUAUCAGCACUAUUUGUUUGAUCUUUCUCAGCCAAAAUGCCUGUUCUGAAUUUGUUUAAUGCUGUUUGGUCUGUGAUUAAAAAUUAAAAUAGUAUCAUUUUCUUUUGAAAUAAACGUCAUCUCUUUCAGCAUAUUACUUUUCUAAAUACAUGUUAUCUAAACUGUGUAAUGGGGUACUGAAGGGAUGUGCAAUAGUGGGCAGGAAAAUUCUCUCAUCUUUUUCUGUGUCCUGUUUUUUAGCAAUCCCCAAAGUGAGACUGGAGACGAUCUACAUUUGCGGAGUAGAUGAGAUGAGUACCCAAGAUAUCUUUUCCUAUUUUAAAGAAUAUCCUCCAGCUCACAUUGAAUGGUUGGAUGAUACCUCCUGUAACGUGGUUUGGCUGGAUGAAAUGACAGCCACACGGGCCCUUAUCAAUAUGAGCUCUCUGCCAGACCUGGAUAAGAUAAGAAGCAGGGAUGCCAGUGAGGACAAGUCAUCUGAGAAAAGCAAAAAAGAUAAGCAGGAAGACAGUUCAGAUGAUGAUGAGGCUGAAGAAGGAGAAGUUGAAGAUGAAAACUCCAGUGAUGUAGAGUUGGACACAUUAUCUCAGGUAGAAGAAGAGUCUCUGCUAAGAAAUGAUCUUCGUCCAGCUAACAAACUUGCUAAAGGAAAUAGGUUGUUCAUGAGAUUUGCUACAAAAGAUGACAAAAAGGAACUUGGAGCAGCCAGAAGAAGUCAGUAUUACAUGAAAUAUGGGAAUCCAAAUUACGGAGGCAUGAAAGGAAUUCUUAGUAAUUCUUGGAAGCGAAGAUAUCAUUCCCGUCGCAUUCAGCGGGAUGUGAUCAAGAAGAGAGCCCUGAUUGGGGAUGAUGUUGGCUUGACGUCCUAUAAACAUCGACAUUCCGGUAGUUGCCUGCUCAGCUCUUGGGAAAGCCUAGUGAAUGUCCCUGAGGAACCCAUUGAGGAGGAGGAGGAGGAGGAAGAGGAGGACCAGGACAUGGAUGCGGACGACAGGGUGGUGGUGGAAUACCACGAGGAGCUCCCGGCCCUCAAGCAGACCCGGGAGCGCAGCACGUCCAGGCGGUCCAGCGCCAGCAGCUCGGACUCCGAUGAAAUGGACUAUGACCUGGAAUUGAAAAUGAUUUCCACUCCUUCACCAAAGAAAAGCAUGAAGAUGACCAUGUAUGCUGAUGAAGUGGAAUCUCAGUUAAAAAAUAUUAGGAAUUCCAUGAGGUCAGAUACUGUAUCCACAAGCAAUAUCAAAAACCGAAUUGGUAACAAGUUACCACCUGAGAAAUUUGCAGAUGUCCGACAUUUAUUAGAUGAAAAACGCCAGCACCCACGCCCGCGGCCAUCAGGCAGCAGUACUAAGUCAGAUAUACGCCAGCGGUUAGGAAAAAGACCACAUUCUCCAGAAAAGGCUUGUAACCCCAUCGUUCGGAGAGAGCCCUUUUCUGAUGUACAUAGUAGGCUAGGUGUUCCCAGGCAAGACAUUAAAGGCCUCUAUUCUGAUACUCGGGAGAAGAAAUCAGGUAGUUUAUGGACUCGCUUAGGAUCUGCAUCCAAGACCAAAGAAAAGAACAUGAAGAAAGUGGAUCAUAGGGCUCCUGGCACUGAGGAAGAUGACUCCGAGCUGCAAAGGGCAUGGGGGGCUCUGAUUAAGGAGAAAGAACAGUCUCGCCAAAAGAAGAGCCGCUGUUACCAGCACCCUUUUCCCAAGAAAAGUCAAUUCCCAGGUGCUUAUUGGACAGCCUUCGAGGGGGAAGAUGAGGGAAGCUGCCAGCUCACCCUUCCAGGACCCUAGUGUGGGGGUUGAAUCUCAUGGACCUGACCUCAGAGGUGCACCAGUGCUGCCCAGGUAGAUAAGAGACACCGCGUCGAUCGAUCGUGCUUCCGUUCCUCCCUGGGGAUGUCUGUUAGGGACCUCUUGUUAGUGAUCAGCUUGAAGUGAAGAUCAAGUUCAGUGCUGCGGUAUUUUUAGGAACAAAAACUGUGACUUCUGGAUUUGGGUGGAUUUUUUUGUGCUAGGGGUGGGGUCAUGGGGUAAUGUUGAACAAUUUUUAAGUCUGUAUUAUGUUUAAAAAAUAUUAAUGAUUUAAAAGUUUAAAUUUUUAAUUUUUAUAUGUGAAAAUACUUCCUGUUGGCUACAGGGGAAGCUCAAGUGGUGUCCUAUGUGCUGUUAAAUAUAUAUUAUAUACUUUGGAAGAAGGCAAAGAGAGGAGUCUCAUUAUUUUUUAAUGACCCUAAUUGUAUAGUCUGUUGUACAUAGAAUUCAAUUUGCUUUUUGGCCACUGUAGGAAAAAAAAUCCAUCCAUUGAGAUGGGGUUCUGCUGUUUAUUAUCACUUUAGUACUAAUACAUUGACAUUCUUUCUGUCUCCAAGUUCUGGCACCUGAAGAUAUCUUCAAAAUUAGCAAAUAAGAUAAUAGUUAUAGAAUUUUAGUUUAUUUCUAAACUCCUUUCCAAUGAUUUUAACCACAAAAGUCAGUAGAUUAUUUUGUUCUCCUGUCUGAUUUUUAUUUUGAAGUAUUUAAUGUUUGCAUUCCUCUGCAGCUUAAAAAUAGUGUUUCACUUCAAUUCACUUGCACUUAGAGUUAGGGAUAGUAAAGCCUUGUCCCUUUUGUGAUGUCACAACUCUGCACCUGCCUGGAGCAUCUCAGUACCCAGUAUAGCCCUGGAUGGUAGAGCUUCUUACUUGUGGCUGAGCUGAUUAGUGGUCACGGGAGAGUUGAAUGAGUGCAGAACACUGU